CAUGAGUGUCACUUCCUGGUUUCUGGUCAGUGCCUCUGGGACUCGGCAUCGUCUCCCACGAGAAAUGAUCUUUGUUGGAAGAGAAGACUGUGAGCUCAUGCUACAGUCUCGUAGUGUGGACAAGCAACACGCCGUCAUCAACUACAACCAAACAACAGACCAGCACCUGGUCAAGGACCUGGGCAGCCUCAACGGGACAUUUGUGAAUGACUUGAGGAUUCCGGACCAGACGUACAUCAGUCUGAAGCUUAACGACAUCAUCCGCUUUGGCUACGAUCCUCAUGUCUAUGUCCUCGAGAAGAGUCAACACAAGGUCCCUGAGGAGGCGCUUAAGCACGAAAAGUACACCAGUCAACUACAGAUCCAGAGCCCCCCUGAGCCCUCCCUCAGAGAGACUGAGGACAGGAGCAAGACCCCCGGCACCAAAGCAGACUCGGGUCCCACUCCUUUGUACGGGCAGCCGGCAUGGUGGGGAGACCAGGACUACAGGGACCGUCCCCCUUCAGAUCUGCACAAGGACCCAGAGGACAUGGACCAAACCAAGCCCUGGUACUUCGAAAUCCCCACAAGGGAUAGUCCAGUCCAGAGCCUAGUCAAGACCGAGUCGCUGAUCCAGACCGAGUCCUUGAUCCAGACCGAGUCCCUGGUCCAGACCGAAACUCCGGCCGUGGUCCAGAGCCAUGCCUCUUUCACCAUCGAGUUUGAUGAUCUCACGCCGGGAAAGAUCAAAAUCAAAGACCAAGUGACGAAGUUCUCAAGGACCCUACGAAAACCAGUUCAAGACCGGACUAGACCAGACCAGGAAGGCCCUGGAGUGAUGUCAUCGCAGAGGAAGGUGGCUGAUUGGUUGGUGCAUAGUGAUGUCAGCGUGAUGCGGCGCCGCCCCAAAAGUGAUGACUUGUAUAGCACUAAAAGUGACCAUGCCGUGAAGAGCCACACCCCCCGAGGUCACCAUCAUGAGGACGGCACUCAGAGCGACUCAGAGGAUCCUGUCCAAUCAGAGGUCCCGAACGCUGUGGGCAUGCCCCUAUACACAGACAACGCCCAAUCUGCUCGUGUAGCACCGCCCGCUCAACCAGCUCCUUCCUCUCCGCUCCAGCCCCUGCCCCCUCAGCCUCAGGCCCCUCCCCCUCAGCAGGCGUUCAUCAUUGAGUUUUACGAUGAAGACAAUCCACGAAAGAAGAGGUCCAUGUCCUUCACCCACAGCCCCCAGAGUGCAGGUCCCCAGUUGGAGGUGCAAGCGGCUCUCAGGGCUCGCCUGGAGCGGCGUAAACCGGACCGUCCGGCCUCAGUCCAUGGGACUCUGGAGUCCAAGUCUCCGCGGUCCAGUUCCCUGAAGAGGGACCGCUCGGAGCCCCCGCCACGAGAGGUCGGGCCUGGGGUCCAGGUACGGCCCUUUGGGAGCGUGGGCAGAAAGUCCAGACUGGCCCCGGACUUCAGUGACCUCCUCAAAGACCAGAGUCCUGACCUAGUCCAGACAAAGUCCAGACCCGACCAGGUCCAACCUACCAGAGACACGCCCCUGACCCCGCCCAAGUCUGCCCCGCCCAUCAUGCAGGGGGCGCCAGAGGAUGAUAGUGUGAGCGACGCAGGAACCUACACUAUUGACAACGAGCAAGACCCCGAGGUCGAAAGGGCACGAAGCAUGAUCGACCAGGUGUUUGGAGUCCUGGACUCUCUUGAGUACAGUGGAACGAGUGACAUCACCUCCUCCACACCUGUGCAGGUCCUUGGUUCUGAGGAGGGGCCACGGUGGGUUUCUCGCUGGGCCAGUUUAGCCGAUGAGUCCGGGUCCAGUCCUCAGUCUGGAUUGGACCACAACGAGACCAAGACACGACGAAUCCUCCCUCAGAGACCGGGCGAGAAACUGGACUCACCCAGACUUCACAGGACCCAAGACCCCGAGAGACCUGAGACUCAGAGGCUGAUGGUUCAGGAUGACGUGGAUCCCGACAGUUUGAGCGAUGUUAGCCGAUCAGAAGACCCCCAAAAACUCCAGAACCAGAGUCCAGACCAGACUCCAGACCAGAAUCAAACCAGAACCAGUUUUAACUGUGUCCUGUUUUUAGACCGAACCAAGGCCCCGCCCACAACAGUCCUGAUUCGACAACUGCACCAGGAGCCAAAGAAAACCGGGAUCAAACCCAACACCUCUGCCCCAGACCUGAGGACCCAUGAGACCAGAGCUGAGUUUAGACCAGAGACCAGAUCAGAGACCAGACCCGAGUCUAGACCUGAAACCGGGUUCUUUCGUCAGGAGAGCUUCACCAGAGAACGACCCGAUGAGGUUCAGAGGAAGAAACUGCCUCACAUCUCCAGCCAGCCCUCCCUGAGAGACCUGGACCCGGACCUGAUCUCGGCGGAUUUCCUGUGGCAGCCCUUGACCCUGGACUCGGACUCGGACUUGGACAGCGUGAGCACAGCGAGUGUGGUCAGCACACACAAUGAGACGAAUGCCACAAAGCUCUCCAGUGUCCAGAGCCACGGCACCGCCGCUGCCAAAAAGCGCUCCGCCAACACACACAGAGGUCACAAAGAUGGGACCACAGUUAGGUCUAGAGCCGGGUCUAGACCUAGUUCUGGUUCUGGACUGGGGGCAGUCUCAGCGAGGGAUCGCUUGUCGGAGAAGCAGCGCUCUCACACGGAGAAGGCGGGGCCAGAGAAGAAAACGGUGGAGAAGAAUGUUGGGUCCCAGUCUCAGGUACGGUCUCAGGUCCUGAUUCGGUCCAACAGUCUGUCAGCGCCACGUCCCACCAGAGCCUCCAUGCUGCGCAGGGCCCGGCUCGAAUCCGACUCUGAGGAACCAGAACCAACCAAGCCCAGGACCCCAGAUCCCCCAAAGACAAAGACUGAGUCCAGACCCGAGUCCAGACCCGAGUCCGGACCAGAGACCAGACCAGAGACCAGACCAGAGACCAGAGCCGCUCCUGAGUCCAAGAAGCUCACACGCCUUGAUAUUCUGGCUCUGCCCCGGAACCGGACCGGAUCUUUCACCGGGACCAGCGACAGCGAAAACUCAGUACGCUCCUCGGCCAAUCGGAUUGCAGAGCUGAACAGGAAGUCAUCUGUCGGAGACAAAGGGAGCGGGGCCAAGCAGAGCCAGACCAGGACUAGGUCUAGAACCAGGUCGAACGGGUCCAAGUCCAGCUCCGGAGCUCGGAAACUAAAAGUCUCGUCUUCAUCAGAGGAGGAAGAACCCGCCCCUCCCACUGUCCCCAUCCAAUCAGAGGAUGACCCCUAUCAGACCUGGACCAAUCACAGCGCAGAGAUCGCCAAACUGAGUCAGGACUUGGCUAAAGACUUGGCAAUCUUGGCAAGAGAGAUCCAUGAUGUCGCCGGAGACGUAGAGACAAACUACACUUCCCAAGAUGCACCUGGAGCCACAGUCUGCACCACUGAGGAGCUGGUGCAGCAGGUCCCAGACGCUGGCCUGAACUUCCAGAAGCUUCCCCCAGGGGACGCCUCUGAGUCACAGCUGAACUUCAACAUGAACCAAUCAGCACGCAGGAGACAAGAGGCCUUGGCUCUGCAGUCUCUCCUGUCUCCUGUGAGUGACCUGAGCCGCUGCCUCAGACACAGCUCCGAGUCUCUGGUCCUCAGUCUCAGGACCUUGCUCCAGACCAAGUCCAGUCUCUGGGACGAAACUGAGGCCAAGAUCAACAGAGAGACUCAAGUCCCUGAAGACCCGAGCCAAAACCAGGUUUUGGUCGAGAUCCUACAGGAGUUGAGGAAAGUCCUGGUCCAGCUUCAUGUGAUGAACUGUGUCGUGGAGAUGCCUCGAGUCCAGACCAGAGAUAAGAAACCAGUCCCAAAGAGGUCCUGA